UCGCGGCAGGUGCACCAAGCUAAGUUCCACUCCGCUUGCCUUGUUACCUGUACAAUUCACAACCUGUGUACAACAUUCUCUGUUUCUGUCUCUUGGUGAUUUAAGUGUUGACAAUUUUGCGUUUAAGUUUUUUUUGUUCAAAAAAAAAAUUUUUUUUUUUUUUUUUUUUCACUGUGAUUAAUAAUAUUUCAGUGCAAAGGUGACUAUACUGUGAACUCGAUUUUUUGACCUUGUCAGGUAAAUGACGCACCUGCUCGCGACACUGCACGUAUGUCUCGCGUGAUUACCUCGUGACAUUGCGAAGAAGACACCUGCCUUGUCGAUCAAACAUUAACUAUUGUGAAUGUUUCUUUUUUUUGAACUCUUAGUGAAAUAUUAGUGUAGUGCGUUUUUUUUUCUGUUUUGCAAAUAACAGGUGAUUGAAAACAUUUGACUAGAAAUGUAACCAUCUGCAAAUUGUCUAUUAAAUGAGAACGAUUUCGUGCCUUAUCAGUUUGGAGAGUUUGCAAACACUGUUUGGCUUAUCGUAUCUUGCCACGGCACGGCGGAAGCAGAUUGUUUCAUGUAGAAAAGUUUGAUAAAGAACUUAUUCUGAUCAAUUUAAAGAAGAUUGGUGUUUAAAUAUAUAUAUAUAUAUAUAGAAGAGAGGAAAAAAAAUCCGCUGACAAUAUGAUGAAAAUAAUAUCAAUUGGUAAUAAUCAGUUAGGUAUCAGUUCCUGACACAGUCGGGUCGGACUUAUCUUAGUCACAUGACCUCUUAACUGAGUGUGUGAUAAGCUUAAAGAUAGUGCGAAAGUUGAGCUGGCACAAAGGCGACAGAUUUCUUUGUGAAAAGGAAUCUCAGAUUCACGGUUGGUGAUAUAUUUAUAUAUACACUUGGGUCAAAAAGAGUUGUAAUCUCACGUCGACGAAGCACAUUUUCUUCGUUUUCCUGGUACUUCUUUACUUGACAACCUGGACAUUUUAACCGCAACGGCAAGACGAACGGAGUGGAGAUGUCCGAGGGUCGCUGAAAGAAUGAGGGAGCUGGACACCGAGAGUCCCGUCGUCUGGCCGGCUUGGUGUUACUCUGGCGAGGUGUCUGGUGAAAACGUAGGAACAGGAGCACGUGGAGGUCGAGGUGAAGCAGCUGAUUUAGCGACACAUACUGAAUCUAACGACGGGGCAAUCCUGGCCGCGAAUACAGCGGUCGACGCCCGAGGUGGAAGCCCCCAGGGUGCCCACCUUUCGGGGGCAGCCACUCCAAGACCUCCAAGAGGAAGAAGGCGGCAAAAUCAAAACGGCCUCGAUACACCUCAGGUGAAAACUGAGCGUCUAACUCCCGAUAAUAAUUCAACGUCAUCGAGAAGUGUAACGCCAUCUUCUUCAAGUCAUCCUGGAACGCCACCUAAUGCCACGUCUUUGGGUGGACCUGAAGGUCCAGCGCCACCUCAUCAUCUCAAAAAUAUGGAACAGAUGAUGGGACGUAACUAUAGUGACUUUAUGAGAAGCCUCGCCGCAAAGUACAAUAACGCUAAUCCAAACGAUUACUUUAGUACUCCGAGAAAUGGUUAUCCACCUGGUUUGGAUCCAAGGUUUCCGGCCUUCAAGACUGCUGCGACUCCAUUUGUUGGCCUAAUGGCUCCCCUUGGUGCACCACAAGCUCCUACAGUACCAACGACAUCACCUCUGUCUAACAAAGAGUCCAAAGAGCAGAAACAGGAUAAUCUCUUUGGUAAUCCAGUCUUUCCGCCAAUGCUAGAUAUGUCUUCGACUCAAGCUCUUUUGCAUAUGGUGCGAACAGCAAAUGCCGCUCAAAAUGCAGCGGAACUAGAAACUUACCUCAAAGGUGCAAACAAAAGAGAUGCGGGAGUUUCAAGUCCCUUGGAUCUGUCUAGUCCUGGUGGUUUUGCACCUCGUAAACGACAAAGAGCCGAAUCAAGAAGAUCAGGAAGUGUUUCACCAAAACCGAAAACAAUCCCUGGACCAAGUAGUCCACCACCAGUGAGAUGUCCUUCAUUAUGUGGUCACAUGCCCUGUGGCGAUGGUCAAGCUGUAAAUCGUUGGACCAUUGAAGAUGUCGUCAAUUAUGUAUCAUCCAUUGAUAUUUGCGCCGAAUAUGCUCAGAAUUUUCGAGAAAAUCGAAUUGACGGAGCGUCAUUGCCUUUAUUGUCAGAGGAACAUUUGACGGGACCAAUGGGAAUGAAAUUGGGUCCAGCGUUAAAAUUGAGAGCAUUAUUGGCAAGAAAAUUGGGAGCCUGUACAGUGUGUCUUCACUGUGCUCAUUGUCAUCAAACGCCACUUCCGGCGCUUAGUGUAGCCGCUGCAGCAGCCGCAGCGGCAACCGCAACGCAAACGUCUGGUAGACGGCCCAGCAGUACCGGAAACUGACAAACAAUGGCGGAGACUCCAAUUGGGUCCGAAUUAACGGAAUUAACAUCAGACCCAAAUCGAGCUCUUAGGAUAGAACGACGUUUUCCACGACCGGUUCGCAAACCGGAUGUUGUCUUCAAAAAGCCAAUAAAGCAAUAAUAAUGAUUCUUAUCCUAAGAAAAAAAAAAAAAAAAAGUCUCUAAUUUGUAAUUUAAAAAAAAAAAAAAGGAGACUCCGCCGUCAGUACCUAAUUUGAAAUAAGUCUUUAUUGAUUUGUGCCUGAUUCUUCUCUAUUAUAAUUAAAAAAUUAUAUAUAUUGAAAAUGGUACUUAAGAGUAAAUUACCAAUUUUUUCGAUUAUAUUUACCGCGUGACGCACGUACAAA